AUGGCAGGACACAGGGUCCCCAGGCAACUGAGACUGUUUCAAAGGCUGAAAACCAAACCUUUGAUGAAAGAAUUUUCCGUGAAGUCGACCAUCAUUUCUCGGUAUUCCUUCACGACGGUUUCCUGCAGAGUGCUGAAUAGAGCUUCGGAGGACCAGGACGCUGAGUUCCAGAUGCAGAUUCCAGCUGCGUCGUUCAUCACCAACUUCACUAUGCUUAUUGGAGACAAAGUUUAUCAGGGUGAAAUCACAGAGAAAGAGAAGAAAAAUAGCAACAGGGCAAAACAGGAAACGAAUAGAACCAAAGAAGAGAACCGGGAGAAGGGGACGGAACUGUUCAGAGCGUCUUCAGUGAUUCCCAGCAAGGACAAAGCUGUCUUCCUCUUAAGUUAUGAAGAGCUUUUGCAGAGACGGCUUGGGAAGUAUGAGCACGUCAUCAGCGUUCGACCCCAGCAGCUGGUUGGGAGGCUUACUGUGGAAGUGAAUGUUCUGGAGCGGUCCGGCAGUGCUUCCCUGGAGGUGCCUCCACUGUGCAACAGCAGGUAGAAGGGCAGUGGGAAGGAGGAAGGUGAUUCAGGGCCUCCUCCUUCUACUGCUACCAACCAAAAUGAAACUUUUGCUAAGAUCAUUUUUAAGCCUAGCGUGGCACAAGCCAAGAUAGCCAAGAAUGGCAUUUUGGGAGAUUUCAUCGUUAGCUAUGAUGUCGUCAGUGAACACAGCAUUGAAGACAUCCAGGUUCUGAAUGGCUAUUUUGUGCACUACUUUGCACCUAAAGACCCACCUUUACCCAAGAAUGUGGUAUUUGUGCUUGACAGCAGCGCAUCCAUGGUAGGAACCAAACUCCGCCAGACCAAGGAUGCCCUCUUCACCAUCCUCCAUAACCUCUGGCCCCAGAAUCACUUCAAUAUCAUUGGAUUUUCCAACCGGAUCAAAGUGUGGAAGGACCACUUGGUGUAACUCACACCCAACAACAUCCAGGACGGCAAAGUCUACAUUCACCACAUGUCACCCAGUGGAGGCACAGAUAUCAACGCGGCCCUUCAGAGGGGCAUCAGCCUGCUCAACAACUACACAUCCCACAAUGACAUUGAAGACCGGAGUGUGCCCGUCAUCAUCUUCCUGACGGAUGGGAAACCCACUGUGGGGGAGACCCAUACCCAUAAGAUUCUCAACAACACCAAGGAGGCCGCCCGAGGUCAAGUCUGCAUCUUCACCAUUGGCAUUGGGAAUGAUGUGGACUUCAAACUGCUGGAGAACUGUGGCCUCACACUUUGCGUUCAUGAGGAGGACGAUGCCAGUGCUCAGCUCGUCGGGUUCUACGAUGAGAUCAGGACCCCACUUCUCUCAGAUAUCCGCAUUGAUUACCCACCCAAUUUAGUGAAGCAUGCCACCCAAACCCUGUUCCCCAACUACUUCAAUGGCUCAGAAAUCAUCAUUGCUGGGAAGCUGGCAGACAGGAAAAUGGAUCAAUUGCACGUGGAGGUCACAGCCAGCAACAGUAAGAUCUUACUGAAGACAGAUGUGCCCGUGGAGCCCCAGAAAGAGGGGAAUGAUGUCACAGGUAGCUCCAGGCCCAAGGGUGAUGGCCAGGAGGACCCCAACCACGUCGAGCGUCUCUGGAGCUACCUCACCGUGAAGGACCUGCUGAAUGCCUGGCUGAAGACUGAUGAUGAGCAGGAGAAGGAGUGGCUGAGGCAGAAGGCUGGGACCCUGGCGGUGAAUUACCACUUCCUUACCCCGUUCACCUCCAUGAAGCUAAAGCGACCAGCUGAAAAGACUCACACAGAUAGCCUAGAGCAUGGCUAUGGUGGCAUGUCAGCCGUGGCAGGCCCUGAAACAGUGAUGCAAAGCUUACAAGGAGCUAACAUGCAAGCAGGGCCUGCUCUCAAGAAACCAUACGACCCAAGAAUCAAAAUCUCCAAAACAUCAGCGGAUGGAGACCCCCAUUUUGUGGCGGAUUUCCCCUCGAGCCAGCUCAUGGUCUGCUUUCACAUUGAUGGACAACUGGGAGACAUUCUAAGGCUAGUCUCUGAUCACCUGGGCUCUGGUGUGACUGUGAAUGGAGAGUUAAUCCGGGCCCCUGCUCCUCCAAAUGGCCACAAGAAACAGCACAUGUACUUCCACACUAUCACCAUCCUCAUCAAUAAGCUAGAGAGAUCUUAUCUUGAAAUCACACCCAAGAGAGUGACGGCUGUCCUCCCUUGCAAUCAGAGUGUGAUGGUGGGGACUCAGGGACUGGAGGUCUCAGUAUCUGCCAAUGCCAAUGUCACCGUCACCAUCCAGGGCACUAUUGCCUUUGUCAUCCUAGUUCACCUCUACAAAAUGCCAGCGCCCUACCUGGGCUUCUACAUCUCCAAUAGCAAAGGCCUUUCUAGCAGCAGCCAUGGGCUCUUAGGUCAGUUCCUGCACCAGGAUGCUAAGCUCACAGAGGAGCCUGCAGAGCAGAGCAAGAACUGUGGUAUUCCCCCGUUUCCGCCCACCAACCAGAGGUCCGAGACUGUCCUGAAGGUGAAAGGGCACCAAAUCCCAGUCGUCUGGAAACAAAGGAAGAUCUACAAUGGGGAAGAGGAGAUUGACUGCUGGUUCACCAGCAACACUGCUGCCAAACUGAUUGAUGGGGAAUAUAAACAUUACCUAGCAUCUCAUCCUUUUGACACAGAGACUGUGUUUGGCCCGGGCAUGCCCAGGGGAAUCUGAAGCCAGCAGC